AAAUGCAUAACAUCAGUUCGAGAACCUGUUGAACUCACCACCAACUCUUCGUAAACCUCCUGUCUCAAAUGCUGAUUCUUCAGCACAUCACGCUCCCAUAGGGCCCGCUGAUUGAAGCAGUGCUGAGCCAAUCGAUCAUACUCGGCGCUGGGAAGUCGACAGCCUUUACCGUUACGAGAGAUGCAAGGCUUCACUGUCAAUGCACCGAAAUCUCCGCCACUCAGGAUUCGGAAGGCUCCCCUGCAUCCCCCAACCUUCAAAUGCAGUCAAAUCUGCCUAGUCGAAGAGACGAUCUUUUCUCCUCUCUGCGAAGCUUUGAAUAGCGUAGGCGCCCCACUAGAAACUCGGACAGGUAUAUCACUGACCACUCGAAGUGGCAAGGUCGUCCCCGUUUCUUCUGGGCCAAAAAGAAGACCCUGUAUAAUCAUGGAAUCACCAUCCGACCACGUCUCCAUGGGUCCCCGGAAACAAGGCCAUUCUAUCUGUCUUAUGGCCACGUUUGGAUCGUCUGAGGGCCUGUAUGAAGAACUUGGGCAACUUCUCCGGCGAUUCGUCGUUCCCAUCGAACCAAACGAACAGAUUCUCCCUGACUCGGACAUGUAUGCAUUGAAGACAGUUCCAGCUUGGCGUCAUCCUCUACAGUGGGCGAUCUCUUUUGUAAUUUAUAUGGAGCAGCGAGGCCUAUUAGGGGGGUUAUAAUCCUUAGAUAACACGGAAUAAUGAGACAUUGUUGGGGGAAAAGAUAGUGAUGGUGGGCGCCAGACCUAUAAGCUGCUGAGGGAGUGUAAAAGCGCUCAACGUAGAGAGCAAGUUGGUGAGAAGAAAAAGUAUAGCCCGUAGAGGGUCCGACUCGACUUCAUAUAGGAAUUCCUGUCGCCAAUAUUUCAUUGUCCCCAUAGUAGAAUACAAAGUUUCUUUUGUUUCGGCACUAGGAAGCAAAGUUGAGUAUUGAGAGUAC